AUGGCAAGUCAUCUGGAAAUUGAAACCAAAGGAGAUCUCUCAAUGGAAAUCGAGAAUGCUGCUGAUGAUGCUGCACCAUCGUACUCGCCUAAAGAAGAGGCUGCCCUUGUGCGAAGGACUGACAUAAUGCUUCGGCCUACAAUGUGGAUAAUGUAUCUUCUGUCGUACAUGGAUCGAACAAAUAUCGGAAACACAAAAAUCUCAGGGAUGCAGGAAGAUCUGAACCUGACUUCAGACCAGUACUCGACCUGUCUGGGAGUCUUCUUUAUCGGAUACGUUGUCCUUGAGGUUGUAUUGAGUCUGGUUUUUGCACCAGGUAUACUAGUCAUUUCAUCAUGGUAUAAGAAGACCGAACAAUCAAAACGGUUCGGCACCUAUAUCUCUGCCGCCGAGUUGUCUGGUGCGUUCAGGGGAUUGACAGCUGCUGGUAUCGUUGACGGACUGGAAGGUGCACACGAUAUUAGAGGAUGGCGAUGGUUAUUUAUUGUUGAGGGAGCUACUACGGUAGGGUUUGCAUUAUUUGCCGUCUUUAUACUUCCUGAUUUCCCCGCAACAACCAAGCGCUUAUCUGAAAGGCAGCGGUACACCGCGGUUGCCCAAUUGCAAUCAGACAAUGUCACGGCUAUGACAGAGAAUGCUGAACGGUUGAGCCCGUGGCAGGCUGUCUUAGUGUCCGUCAUUGUUGGUACCAGCACACUUUCCUACUUCUACUCAACACUAGUGAAAGGCCUUUCGGGGACGCCUCCCUUGACAAGAUCCCUUUUGUGGCGUGAUGUCGUCAUCGCCGGUUGGCCGGUGUUCUCCCUUGCGUGCUCGAUUGCCGUCUGUGGGGUAUACGACUAUACUUCUCGAUAUGCCCUCCUUGUCCUCAUGGCGGCCGGGCUAUGGGAAACCAAUGGAGGUACGCUUGCUUAUGCUUCCUCAGCCUUCGCGAACAUGCAACCGCAGUAUCUAUUUCCGGAUUCGGAUGGUCCUAAGUGUAUUAUGGGUUUCGCUGUGAUCUCAGCCAUGCUGGCAGUUGGUGUGGUAGUCUUCAUUAUCUUGCAUGUUUAG